CCCCAAUUAAAGUAUGCUAUAUCCUUUGUUGUGCCCAAUUAUAAACUAGCCAUUUAAAAAUUCAUUUCCUUUUCAUUUUUUUUGGGCACCCCCAUAAAAUUCCAAGGGCAAACAUGACUUUAUCACGGAGCAAUGGGAAAACCUACAAGCAAGCCCAUGUUAUCUUGUUCUUUUCUUUCAUUAUGUUUUUUUUUUUUUCUUUUCUUAUUUAAAAGAUGAAGCAAGCAAAACGAAUCCCUUCUUUUGAUCUCGGUUUGAUACAUCAUCAAAUCACUGGUCCUCCCUUUAUAGAAAUCUUAGAUCUGCUUUUAACAAGGGUGUUGUUGGUGGAAACUCAUCAAGAGGGUGUAUAAAUACAGGAGUGGAAGAAGCAAUUUGAGUUAGUGAGCAAAGUGGAUCGAAGGCAAGGGAAGAGGUCUCUUCCUCCUGAUGAGGAGAAAAAAGAAGUUUUCAUCUUUCCUAUUCAUUCAACACCAUCAUCUCAAAAUCCAAAGGAACAAGCUUCAUCAUCACCCUUUUCACACCUUAUUAUGAGUACCAACAACGAAAGCAGCACCAUCUUCCCCACCCCACAUGGCCAAAUAACCAAUUCUCAAUUUAUCAAUAGCCAGGUUCCAUCUCAAGCUACACAACAAGUGAAUGAUAUCAGGAAAAAGCACUAUAGAGGAGUGAGGCAAAGACCAUGGGGCAAAUGGGCAGCUGAAAUAAGAGACCCUAAAAAAGCAGCAAGAGUUUGGCUUGGCACCUUUGACACAGCAGAAGCUGCAGCAUCUGCUUAUGAUGCUGCAGCCCUGAGGUUCAAAGGCAACAAAGCCAAACUCAAUUUCCCCGAACGCGUUACUCUACCAAUAUCAUCACCAUCAACCAAUGAUAAUAAUAACGACAACAACAACAAUACUUCAGCAUCUAAUAACCCUCUUCCACAAGGCAUGCAAAACACUAACAAAUCUCUUGCAUCAGAAGGGUUUCCGAAUCUGAUGGAGUAUGCGCAGUUGCUGUGUUGCAGAAACGAUGAUGAUAUCCAGCGUGUUGCAUCGGGGCUCUACCAGCAGCAGCAGCAGCAUCAAGUGCCGUUUUUUGUGCCUGAAUAUGCGUCUUCUUCGGCGAUGGCUUCGUCAAAUUCAGAGAAUGAGGGUCAACGUGGGGUUGGAGCCUUUGGUUUUUUUGAUGAAGGGAACGCGAGGGGAUCGUAGUUUUGUUUUGUCUCUCAAGUGGAUUCUCAGCACUGCAUGCAAGUGUAUACACAUGUGUAUGCUGCCAAAUCAUUUCUCUUGUUUUCUUGUUCCUUUUUUCACUCCAAUUCAAAAAUAAUACUUGAGGUCAAAGUUAAUAAUACUUCUCUUUCUUUUUCUUUUGCCA